AUGUGCCCUACGUACCAAGAUAUCUCUUGCCCACAGCUUGUCAGCACUCCAUCUAAACAUGGACCACGCGCGAAGGACUAUGACGCGGAUGUGAAGGCCCUUCUGAAUAUUGCUAAUUCACUGUUCAGAUGCCGGGUGUCUACCAUCGAUGCAUUUCCGACCGACUUGCUUGAAGAAGAAUGGGCCCAGAUCUGCUGGGGCGAGGCUUGCAAGACGCUCGAUGUCAAUUACGCCGCUGAUCAAAGAGUGAUCAAGAUUAUCACUGCGCGUACAUCGCAGCUCCGCGGCGAGCUCAAGAGUAAAGUUCGACCACUUGUCGAGAGCUUGUAUAGUUUCAAUGGCUCUUCUGCGAAGAAAGCCAUACGCGAGAACCGUGAUAAAGCGGUCGCACUCACAAGCGACUCAGCGUUUGUGUAUGAGGAUCCUGCUAUCAAUCAGCCGCAGGGUGCGGAGGCAGAGCGCAAGGGCAUAUACCGCCAUCCGAUCAUUCAGAAGGCAAUCAACGCAACCUGGUUUGUGAACAGAAGCGACGAAGGUGUCAUUUUUAAGGAAUUCUUCGGCCCGGCGAUUUCCAUUGGGAUGAUCGCACUUGUUCUCACAGCGGUUCAGUGUUGCAUCGAUGAAUGGGGAACAGGGAAGCACUCGGGCGUGAGCUUCUACGAAAACGAGUACAAGCCGAUCUACCUCUCCCACAAGGAGAAUCUCACAGCAUUUGACGACUUGUCUGACGCUGCACACCGUCUCCUCCGCAAGCUUCGCAAGAAGCUCUACAAGGAAGCUCGGUAUAGUCUACUUCUAAUGAAUGCAAUCAGGUCUUGCUCAUUGUUGAUGUACAGAUUCCACUCUGGCGCGGAGGAUACAGAUCGCACAGCCAGUACACUCUCACGCGAUGCCUUGACGCGCGCGCUCCAGCAGUCCCUGGAUGCUGGUGAUCCUGACGAUGACGACGACACGUAG